AUGGCAUCUCCUCUCGACAAUACCCAGCUUUCGCCUAGAGAAUCCCGCGUCAUUGGCGCUCUACUCGGCGUCCACGCGGGUGACUCGCUCGGCGCAACCGUCGAGUUUUCAUCUCAUAAGGAAAUCGCCCGUACUUACCCAAAUGGCCUUCGAGAUAUCGUUGGCGGAGGUCCAUUCCGCUGGCCAGCAGGGUAUGCAACAGACGAUACAGAUAUGACUCGUGGAGUGUUGCUGGCCUACCAUGAUCGUUAUUACCGAGGUAUCCAACAGGAUAUCGCCCGUCUCGCUGGCGAUCACUUUAUCAAUUGGCUAGACGGCGAUUGGCCUGAUAGAGUAAAGGGAAGCAAUCCCGAGGACAUUGGCAACACCACUCAGAUUGGAUUGGACAUAUACAAGACCACAAGAGAUCCUGACAACGCCGGAGGUGGAGAGGGGGGAGCUGGAAAUGGAAGUCUCAUGCGUUGCAUUCCAACUGGCCUGUUCCAGCCAGACCCCGAAAAGCUGAUACAAGAGAGUCAGCGUAUCAGCAACAUCACCCAUGACGACAAACGAUGCCCCAUAUCUUGUGCGGCUUACAACACUAUUGUUUCCAAGCUCAUCGACCAGGUCCCUGCACAAGAAGCUAUCAAGGCAGGCCUUGCCGUUGCAGAGAAGCUCGAAGGUGAGCAGGGCGUUGUCUAUGAAGCGAUAGAGCUUGGAGAAGAACUGGACAUUGCCAAAAUGGCUCGAGAGGGACCAUCGCCUAGACUCAGAGGACGAUGCACGGGAUAUGUGCUUGAGAGUCUAUCCCUUGCUAUAGCAGCGAUUCUUGACGAGCGAAGCUUGGAGGACAUUGUGGUUGAUAUUAAACGAGUCAUUCAAAGCAAACACAUUUAUGGUAUGAACACGGACUCAACACCAUAUAGUAGCAAUCCAAAAGAGGAAAUUGACAAGGGCCGCGGGUAUCUGCCUCCAAUGACUUUGGAACGUCCAAUUCUAUCAGCCCCUUCAGAAGAUAGCAGCAACAAUGGACAUAGCUCUAAGAAACGGAAAAAGAACACCUAUGCACGAGGCCGCCUCCCAGUGAUUCCAUCUGCAGAUGAGGUCGCAGUCGAGACAAUCGCUGUCGCGGCGCAGGGAACAAUGGCUGGUAGUGAACACAGUAGUCCUGCAGACUUGAGUCAGCAGUACAUGGCCGGCCCAUCCCACGAGACAACGCAUCAAACUGUGGAGUUACGGGACUAUGGCAUGCCGUCUAACUCUAUGGCACAAGAUGGCGCUGCUUCAAGAGCUGUAGCAUCUGUUCAGCAAUCCCCAGAACCAUCUCAGGAAGAUCUUCAAGGUCAUUAUAUCGGACCAGCCUCAGGUGUGUCGUUCCUACUUCGGGUGCAGAAGAGGUUACACCAAGCUAUUUCCUUCUCCGGACCGGGAAGUAUCUUUACCUUUGGCGACGCACCCCUUCGUAACCCUGACUACGAUCCGAACUUCUGCAUGAUGCUUCCAAAAGAGGAUGCUCAGCGCUUGAUCGACAGGUACUUUGACUUUGCCAUGCCCACGUACCGGUUCCUGCAUCGGCCCACCAUCCAGGAAUGGUUUACCGAGUUCUAUGAGACGCUUGGAACCAUGCGUGAUCCGAAUAACUCUGCUGCCAAGGUAGCCCUGUUAUUCAUGAUCCUGGCACAUGCGAGAGUGUAUAUGCCCGAAGGCGACAGGCCUGGACCGUCAGAUCUAAGCGCUAGAUACUAUCUUGCUGCUGAACACCAGCUCUCUAAGGAGAGUGGCUCUAUACGGCUGACCAGCGUGCAAGCACGACUUCUACAAUGCUACUAUCUCGGCACCCAGUCUCGAGUCAAUCACUGCUGGAGUCAAUUCGGCAUUGUCACCAACCUCGCGCUAGCUAUUGGCCUCAACCGCAACAAACGACCUGGCGUUAUCAGUGGGCUGAAUCAUAUUGAAGUCGAAAGUCGUCGCCGAACUUUCUGGUGUGCUUACACGCUGGAUGCCUAUCUCAGUGUGUCUCUUGGAAGACCCCGGAACUUUCAUGAUGAUGAUAUCGAUACUGAGCUUCCUGCUUGCGUGGACGAUAGUGACAUCACAAAGGAUCAUAUAAAUCUUACUGGGUCUACCAAAGCCUAUUCGGUUAUGCUUGCGCCUCUUGGGCACAUGAAACUUGCUCGAAUUAUUGGACACAUACUUCGAGCCCUCUACUCUGUUAAGCCUAUAUCCGUCAGCCGUCGGACAGAAGAAACGCAACGCAUUUCUCAAGAUCUGAGUGACUGGCGAGCUGAGUUCUCCCAGUUUCUCGACGCGGAUUACUUUAGUACAUCAUUCCUCGUGCCCAUUGUACAGCGACAGCGCAACGUUCUUAACAUGACUUACUGGCAUGCCAUCAUUCUUAUACAUCGACAGGCGGUGCUCAACAAUUUUGCCAAGAUCUCGCGGCAGAAUAGAAGAGCAAGUGUCACUGCAUACUUUGCAUUCACUGCGGCUAUGGUGAUGUACAUAUACGUGAUCCAGAAAUGGGCAUCACCACCCGAGACGUAUAUCGACUACUUUACAGCGGCUACGCGUUGUCAAUCUCAUAUGACAAUCAUGGUUGAAAAGGGUUCUUUAUCUGAGCGCUACUGCUUCCUGUUGGAAGAACUACGUGUUGAAGCACUGCGUCAAAUGAACAAGAUGCACUCAUCAACAACUGCAUUUGGAACCAUAGAUGGUCAUUCACAGGAAGGCGGCUUUCAAUCAAACAUUCUGACGAUGGAUACGCCGAGCGACAAGACAUCUUAUACUGAUUUAAUGGGAGAGAAUGGGAUGGACUAUAAUGGCAUGUCUGGUGUCGACUUUUCAGGAUGGGGUCAGUUUGCAUCAAUGGUCUCAUCGGGGUUGGGCAACCUUGAUGUAUUUCUGGAUGAUGAGGUGUUUAGGAUAUGA